UGGCAUCGUAUAAUAUCAGAUGAAUCCUGAACAUCCCCUAAGGAACAGCUACACAAUUGUGGGAAGACAUCCAGUCCCUCUGCAGCAUUGCUCAACGCAGAGAAGGUUGGGCAGUGAAAUCAUCUGGAAAGUGGUCAGGUCUGGGGAGUUUUGAUAUAUCAUCAGAUCUGAAAUUGGUCAGUGGUGUGGAGCCUUCCAUCAGAACCAUAUUUUAAGGAGGUAACCUACACUCUAGCCUUUUCUUAUUUUAAAGGCAGAUGUGAAGUAGAUCCAUGUGUGAAGUAGCUGGUCAAACCACUCGGCUUUAAGCAAAACAGAAUUUAUUUAAACACUACAGUUGAAACACGAAAAUUCAGAAUAACUUAACUAUUGGAAAACCUAACUGACUCAAUACAGCAACUUAACUAAGGAGCUGUUCUAAUUACCAUAACAUUGUAUAAACAUACCCCUUGGCAAAUAGUAAGUUCAACACAGGUUUUUACAGGCAGGAGACAUUUCAGAGAGAGAAGCCAGUCAAGAACUAUCUGCUGAAGCAUGGAACCCUUAUGCACUGUAGCAGCCACCAGCACCUUCUCGAUGACAACUAAACCAAACUAGAAAAACAUCUGAAAUGGGAGAACCGGAUACUCGCCUGCCAUUGUUAAAGUAGACAUUUUCAGACAUUUCGGCGCCUUUGCCUUUAUGACCUCUCUUGAAAAAAACUCAUGGACAAAAUAACCUUAUUAAAGUGGCAGCAUCAUCGGAAGCUUCUUGAACCAGUGACUCAUUCCUGUAAGUGAGAGGCUGUUCCAUUGUGAAUUGUGUGAGGAGUGCUCUAUAGGCUCACAAAGUUCUAACACACAAGGUGCUCUGUUGUCUGACUGCUAAUUCAAGGACAGCUUCAUGGAAAGAAAACCUUUCAAGUGUGAGGUGUGUGGUGGAGCCUUCACACAGUCAUCGAUGCUUGUGAAUCAUCAAUGUAUUCAUACUGGGCAGAAACCAUUCAAAUGCAAGGUGUGUAACAAAUCAUUCUCGCGGUCAUCAGCCUUCCUUGUGCACCAAUACAUUCACACGGGGGAGAAACCAUUCACAUGUAAGGUGUGUGUCAAAUCAUUUUCAAAUUCAUCCACUCUCCGUUUACACCAACGCAUUCACACUGGAGAGAAACCAUUCACAUGUAGGUUGUGUGUCAAAUCAUUCUUUGACUCAUCCCAUCUUCGCAGACACCAACGAAUUCACACAGGUGAGAAACCAUUCAAGUGUGAGGUGUGUGAGAGAUCAUUCUCGUGGUCAGCUGCUCUUCGUAAACACCAACGCAUUCACACUGGAGAGAAACCAUUCACAUGUGAGGUGUGUGAUAAAUCAUUCUCAGCUUCAUCGGAUCUCCUAGUCCAUCAGAGGAUUCACACAGGGGAGAAACCUUUCAAAUGUGAGAUAUGUGGGAAAGCUUUCUCGGAGUCGUCGAACCUCCAUGUCCACCAACGCAUUCACACAGGAGAGAAACCAUUUAAAUGUGAGGUGUGUGACAAAUCAUUCUCUAGGUCAUCGACCCUCCAAGCACACCGAAGUAUUCACACGGGGGAGAGGCCGUUCACUUGCAAGGUGUGUGACAAAUCUUUCUCUAGAUCAUCAACCCUUCGUGGACACCGACAGAUUCACACAGGGGAGAAACCAUUCAUGUGUGAAAUCUGUGACAAAUUAUUCUCGCAGUCAUCGGCUCUUCACACACACCAACGCAUUCAUAAAGGAGAGAAACCAUUCAACUGUGAGGUGUGUGAUAAAACAUUCACACAUUUUUCGAACCUUUGUAGCCACCAACGUAUCCACACUGGGGAGAAGCCAUUCACAUGCAAGGUGUGUGACAGAUCAUUCUCAAAGUCAUCUCACCUCCAUGUUCACCAACGCAUUCACACAGGGGAAAAACCAUUCACUUGUGAGGUGUGUGACAAAUCAUUUUCACAGUCAUCAAUCCUUCAUGCACAUCAACACAUUCACACAGGGGAGAAACUAUUCAUAUGCAAAGUGUGUGACAAGGCCUUUACACAGUCAUCAAACCUCCUGGUCCAUCAGACAGUCCACACUGGGGAGAAACCCUUCAAGUGUGAGGUUUGUGACAAAGCUUUUGCCACAUCUACAAGGCUCCUGACACACCAGAGGUUUCACACAGGGGAGAAACCCUUUAAGUGUGAGCUUUGUGAGAAAGCUUUCACCCAAUCUUCUGACCUCCUGAUGCAUCAAAGGAUUCACACGGGGGAGAAGCCCUUCAAGUGUGAGGUGUGUGGCCGAGCCUUCAGACGGCCAUCGACACUCAGGCAACACAAACACAUUCACACUGGAGAGAAGCCUUCCAUGCAUGAACUGUGUGACAAAUCAUUCACACAAUCACUUUAUUUUAGCCUGCACCAAGACAAUCAUGCACAAUCAAAACUAUUCGCAUGCAAUGUUAGAAAGAAAUCAUUUUUGCAGUCAUCGUACAUCUGAACAUACAGGAAAACCAUUCAUGUGUGGAGUGUGUAAUAAGGGUUUUGUGCUGGUGUCAGACUGGUUCACACCCUUAUUCAAACAAGAAUAGCCUUUGAAGUGUGAGAAAUGAAUGAGCCUAAAACACAACAAUCCUGCUAAUGUGCACUGAUGCCUCCACACUGCAGAAGAGCUGUUCAGAAGCGCGCUGUGCAAUGAAGACUUUGCAAACCCUCAGGCCCAAUGAAACGCUGCAGGAUCACCUUGGAGAGAAGCUGGUCCUGUAUGAGCUAUGGAUGAGAUACAUGAUGAAACCUUUGCCAACCUUUCGAAACUCCUGGUCCAUCAGAAAAUUCUGACAGGAAGGAAUCCCUUCAAAUGUAUGAUUUACAAGUGUGUGAUAAUGUUUACCUGAAGUCUUCAAAUAUGUGAGUGGAGCCAUACAGAAGUAAAAACAUUUCAAUGUGAGGUGUAUGACAAAUUCUGUGUAAGUCUCCUGGUCCUCACACAACCCUAAUGUAGUGGGAGUUCUGUGAUAAAGGCUUCACAAUGUUGUUGAACUUCAGAGAAUCCACUAGGGGUAAAUCCUUCCAGUAUGAUGUGUGUCAGGAUUGUUUCACCACCUACUCCUCUCUCACCAGACACUGAUGUCCCAACAUGGAGCUGGAUUUGGGUUACUUGCUUCUGUUGCACAGAGAGCUGUCUGUGUUGUUUACUGUGCUGUGGUCACAUAGGGAAGCUGACGUUCCAAAGCACUGUCUGUUUCAGCAAGGUCUGUCUCAAACCUCUCCCACCAUCAGUCCAAAUGUUUCAAAAGGUUCAUUUAAUCUUUAAUGAGAUCUCCAAACAUCAUGAAAAGACAUCAGUAUAUAGAAGCUCCUAUAUAAACUCAGUAUCCUUUCAGUGCAGUGUCAGAUACAAGUCACACUGACUCUGACCAAGAAGACAAUCAAAUACUCAGUGAUAGAAAGGCUUCAGUUUCUGAUCGACCAGCACAAAUUCUUGGGGGAGGAGCAAUUCCUGAUGUAAUAAUGGAGGUACUUCAAUUAGCCUCAAUGUCUGUGGUCUGUGGAAGGGGAAUCCCAUUCCUCAUCAGUGACCAUAGCUGGGAAGUUGGUGGGGGGGGAGGGGAGUGUCUUUAUUCUGUUAUCCCACAACAUUCGACUGGCUUUCUACAUGUUGAACUGUCAUUUGAACAGAGCACUAGAGGUGAGACAAUGUCCACAGUUGUCCUCCAGGUCAGUAUCUUCAGGUUUGGAUAAAAUGUGAAAUGGGCCAAAUCCAAGCAACCUGAUAACUGGAGGAAGAACACCUCAUCUUCUGCCUUGAGACCCUUCAACCAUAUAGCAUCAAUGAAACUAAUGACAGUGUUUGAUUCUGAUCCUGAAACAAAACUUGGUAUUAUCAAAAACUUUGUAAUUAACGGUCAGAUGCUGCCAAUUAUAACCGAUUCUUAUUACCCCUUGCAAGUGGGGCAGACAUGGAGAGAGAAAAAAAUCUUUGCUGUUCCAAAACCCUGACUUGAGAGUUCAAAAGAAAACGAGAGAGAGAGAGACCAUUUUAGUGCUGAGGCUGUUGAAGCCAGUAGAAAAUGAACUCUUAGUGCUUAUCUGCUAUGGAUUGAGUUUAAUUGUAUUUUGGGACUUUGAUGAUAUUGAAUAGUCAUUACCAGUUAUUAAAUACAAUCUCUGUAAAAGGUAAUAUUGAUGAAGCCUUAACUUACUUGCUGUUCUUACAGACCACUCUACAGACUUUACAGACUGCCCCACUGUCAACCUAACAUUGACGAGAUUCUGACACAAUCUGUCAGGAAGCCAUUUUAAGGUCAAACGUUUGCCCUCCUUGCUUAGAAGCCAUUUCGUAAAACAAUGAUAUCAGACAUGCGAGCUGUGCAAAGUUACCUUAUGACAUCUCCCACUUGAUUUAGACUGGUACUUCUUUACAGGAACUUAUCUCGCCAGCAGACGCUUAACUCGGCUGGAUUUCUUUUUCCCACCUGAUGGAUAGCUCAAGGUCUGUAGGAGUGAUCAGUCAAGCGUCCACAGACUUGGCAAUUAACUUUUCUUUCUUACGAAUGAUUGUCUUUCACUGUUAUCUGUCUAAUUAAGAACAUGCAAGGAUUUUGUAAACUUUUGUAUCGAGGAAGCUAUUUUAUAUCAGUACAUUGGAGUAGCCUGCUGGAGCACUUGAAGAGCUGAUACCCGACUCUCCUAGGUUAUUAGAACCUAGUUAGUGUAGCUUGUAGGUAUCAGUGUUAUGUUGUAAUAGUGAUGCUAUUGGUGAA